UAAUGCAAUCCAACCCUCCACACAGACAUUGAGAGAAUGGAGCGGGUGGAGCCUAUUCUGAAGUUCUACGUGGGGCCAACUCUCCUCCACUGGGCGGCAUCAAAGGGCUACCAUGACCUGGUGGUUGACCUCCUUGUUCGGGGCUUGUCUGUGGAUGCUUGUGACCGGUUGGGCCGCACUCCACUGGGGCUGGCCACCUUUGCCGGCCACUCUAGCACUGUCAGCACCCUGCUGCAGGAGAACGCCGCUCUCUCUGCUGAAGACAAGGACUGGAGAAUAAUAUCGCGUGAGGAGGUUGGUCUCUGCUUAGUUCGGGUCAUUGAAGAAACUGCCGUGUGUUCCUUUGACGCGGCGAGGUCAGAGUGCUUCACUCUGCUCUACCUGGCCGCCCAGCAAGGCUACCCGAACAUGAUGCAUCGGCUUCUGUCCCUGAAGGUAUCACCAGACGUACGUAACCACCAAGGCGAAACCCCGCUGUUUGUCACGAGCCUGGCAAUGCCCUCUUCCCCCCUUCACAUCACAAGGCACUGGGGUCAGGUCAGGUCAGGUGAACUUGAAAUCGUACAACAGCUUCCCCCCCCACACAGGCCUACCAAGACCUGCCAGCACUAUAUGAGGGACAUGGAGAUCAGAAAAUAUUAUGACCUUAAGCACAUUGGUGAUGAGGGUCACGAUCACCAACGUCAUGGAGGCCAUACUUGAGUCGGCCUUUCAGUUAAUUCUGCAGCUGUAUAUCGUUGGGACGCAUUACACUGAGCUGGACCAGGCUUAUGAUGUGACACUGGGCAGCAUCCUAUCUUUGUCACCACUGGGCCACAACACCCAGCUCUCAAAACAGGUGUUCUCUGUCCUCAUCUCCCUCGUGUCCCUCACCUGGUCCUUCACGUCCUACCACAGGUUCUCAAAACUCAGAGGGCUGACUAUUUUAGACACUCUGCCCCUCCUGUUCACAAUAUUCUUCCAGGUGGUGUCCCACGCCAUCGCCUGUACAGUGUUCACUCUGGCACACACGUGGAAGGUGUUUGUGGUGUUGGGUGUACACUUUGUGAUGGUGCUGGUAUUUAAACUCAAGCUGGAGGAGAGGUAGAAGGCCGGCCGUCAGAGAGCCUGCGCACCAAGACAGCUGGUUUGUGGUAUCCGAAAGGGUGGAGGGGGGCUGGCCAGUGUGAUAGGGGGCCUCACACCCUCCACCCAUUACCUGGUGCAGGUGACUGCUUACAACUCUGCUAGGAGCUACUCCAGGGCUACUCUACCACCAUCCCCCUUCCUGGAGGCCCCUCCUCCCCUGGGUUAGUGAUGCCCGGGGUGGCCACAACAGAUGUGAGGGUCCUGCUCCCCAUGGUUGCCUCCUGCCUCGCCCUGCUGGCCGCUCUUGUCACUGUUUGUGUUUGCGUCAGGAAGAAGCCCCCCAUGCCCCUCCAGCAGGUGUCCAGGGAUGGGAACAAAGUAGGUGUGCAGGAGAACAAGGAUAACCACAAACACAGGGAGCAGUUUUAUGCCACAGUGUGCAAGAUGUCACCCCACAGGGACCCCACUGCUGUUGACCGAAUCCCUGUCUUCUCAGCCUUCUGAUGACCCAUGACUGGUGGAGGGUUGGUGAGGGGCACAAACACACGAGAAAAUCACUGCAGCGUAUCAGGGACCAGGCAGAGACAUUAGAUAUUACAAGUGGUGUGGCAGACAGUGUUUAUGUCGUCAGCUGGCGGUGGAUGGGUGAGCAGCGGCCAGCCAGUUGGACUUAGUAUGUAGACAUCUACCCGUAUGCAACCUUCCAAAUGAACAACACACAACAACAUCAACAACAACCACAACAACAACAAGCAUCACAGCAACAACCAGUCACAGCCACCACAACUGCCACCACCACCACCACCACCAACAGCAGCAACAACCACAGCCAAAACAGCAACAACAACAACAACAAAAAUUAGGCCAGACACAGUGACCUUGCUUACAACAACAACAACAACAACAACAACCCCACCACAACCCUUCCCACAGCCACUACCAGCCAUGUAAGCAAGAGAACUCAUCCUUCAGGCCACGCUGGGUUCCUAACGACAGGUGAGGUGGAGCAGGCGGCCUCCUCCAUGCGCGAUGGAGGGCUGUCACUCACUGCCAGAUGUGUCGUCAGUAUUGAUGUCUUUCUCGUGACAUCCCGCCCGUGAGGCACUGAACAGAGGGCAGUGAAGCGUGAGAGAGCAGCUGUUGCAUCGACCAACGCUGCACCCGACACCUCGCGCCACUCCAGGCCCCGAAGUCUGCUGGGGCUGAAAGGAUCCCCACCUGCCCCGCGGCGUGAGGGGGCGUGAGAGAGGAGGAGCAGGUGUCCGAGGAAGGCGGAGAAUGCAUGUAAUGUUGAUGCAGCGUGGUGUGCCCGGGAGGAGGCGCCAACGUGGAGGAAUGUACAUAUGCAACAACCGCAGCCACACUGCAGUACUCUUGGGUUAACCCGACGUCGAGGAGUUAAGAGCAAAGGAGCAGCAUGGUUGGGCCUCGGCCAGUGACGCGGUAGUAAACAAGGGUGGCCUGCACACUCGUUCAAAACACGUCUCGUAAAAGUCUCAAUUCAAGACCUAUUUCUCGUCCUGCCACCAGGAGUUAGAAGGUCAACCUCGAAGGGACCCUCCCACCACGCUCCCAGCCCGCCUCUACGCCCCGAUAUAUCUAAAGAAAAGAUGUUUUGUGGUGUGGUUGGAGGGCGGGGAACGAGGAUGUUGCUGCAUUGGCCUGGCUGGUGUGCGUGUGUGCGCGAGGACUGUUGUUUUGUGGCCGCUUUCCUGUUUGUGCAUGUGUAUGUUUGAAUGUAUUUGUUAUUCAUGUAUUUGUUUAUUGAUUUAUGCAUUUGUGUGUAUGUUUAUGUUACUCACGAUCGUGAAAUUACUUGCUGUAGUUGUGACAGUCAGAUAUUACAAGCAGAUGAGGAGUUGGAAUUCACGCGAUAGAUAAGAACAGGACCUUACACACACACACACACACACACACACACACACACACACACACACACACACACACACACACCAUUGUUUUGCUCACUAAUUACUUACUCAUUACAUUUAGCAACCUUCAAUCUGGUAAAUAACACUCAAGGACAUUACUAGUGUGUGUGUGUGUGUGUGUGUGUGUGUGUGUGUGUGUGUGUGUGUGUGUGUGUGUAAGGUCCUGUUCUUAUCUAUCGCGUGAAUUCCAACCCCUCAUCUGCUUGUAAUAUCUUGUGUGUGUGUGUGUGUGUGUGUGUGUGUGUGUGUGUAUGUGUGUGUCACUGAUCACAAGAAAGCCACAUUACCAUUUCCUGGUAUCAGUCGAGGUAUUUAUUUAUGCGUGCGAUAUUCGUCCCUUUCAUUAUUGUUGUUUAGACAAAAUAUCUGAUCACGUCAUCUGGAUUCCUCCACAACAAGCCUUCCUGAAGCUACUAAUCUGGCAGAGCCACUCAAUUAACCUCCCUUCACUGCACGGGGACGUAUGAAGCAACUCAUCAACAAUAUCUCCUAACAUUCAACGAAAACCUGAAGAGAUAUGGAACAGUUUUCUCGCCCGUCUAUCGCCGAGCGGCAGCAGGAGGAGGCAUAUGUGUGAAAAUAAAAAUAAACGGAUAUCCUGUACAGCUGUCUGAGGAAACAAAAUGAAUACCUUCUGCAGCUGUCAGGGAAAAGUGAAAUAAGAGACGGAAAAAUAUUAAAGUAAUCGUGGAGGUCCGGUUGUAUCUGUCACGCGCCACCUUGAGUCACGGAGCCAAUUAGAAGCCCAGGUAAAAUUACUAGCCUUGCGAAGUGGAAUAACCGUCCCUUGGGUGUGUUAGUGAUGUAUGAUAAUGAUGGCUGGUGACCGCGUGUGGUGGUGGUGGUGGUGGUAGUGGUGGUGGUGAUAGUAACAGUGGUAGUAAUAGUGGUAGUAAUGAAACAGUGAAGUAUGAUGUCACGUGCCGCCCACAUACUUUCGAAUCACCAAUAGCAUCAGAUUGUCUUCUUCCCAUAAGCCUGGAUUUGUUAUUGCCGUAAAUGCUCCCAUGCCUGUGUUGGAGGAGGCGAGCAGUGAUGUCCGACACAGAGAUAGAGUCUGUCUUUCUCUUGCACUUUAGGCGAGGCGAGUGGUGAGAUUUGCCAGAGGAUGAGAGAUGUCCUUACGCUGGUUCUUCUUUGCCCUGACGCCAGGUUAGAAUUUUGUUGUAAAGUUGGAAAGCUGUGAAGGAAAAAAUGUUAUAAUGUGCAAAAUGAAUGGUGAAGUUUUCCUUUAAAGUAUAGGAUUAAAAAGAAAAAUAAGAAAGGCAUCGUUAUAUACAAUAAUUCCUUUUUAAAUACCCCUUAUUGCUAUGAAGACCCCCAGUGUAAAUCGAUAUAUCACUAUAUGUUCACUUCUAUUCGUCAAAUAUUCCCUAUUAAUAAAUUUGGCUCCUGCUGCCUCCCACACAUACCUUUACUGGCUUUUCUUUAUUUAAUUAAUUAACUAACACACUCGCACUCGUUUAUUUGCUCCCCGCGCUGGUUAAGUCAGGCCAAUUAUUACAUUUUCUUUUCGUAUGACAGAGAACAUACAUUUCCUUAUCAGAAGUAAAAACAAAAAAAAAAAAAAAAAGGUCGCUGGUAAUCACUGUUCCAAUUGUUUUCAUCGCGUAUCCUUUGGUCU